UUGAGGAGUCUGAUCUAGUGGAAAAUGUCCCUACCAAUGGCAAGGGGGAUGGAACUGGAUGAUCUUUAAGGGACCUUAGGUUGCUUUUAACCCAAACAAUUCUAUAGUACUAUGAUAGGGCUUUUUGUCCAUAUAGCCCCAGUCCAGAUUACUACCACAGGAGCCCUCUUUAUAUAGCUUCACCAUAGCUUCCUCUGAUAAACCAGGAACUAAAGCUCACCAGCCUUUUCCUGGCAAACUUUCCAAUAAUUAUUGCAACAGGUAAUAGGGUGGUAUAGUCAGGGUUCAUUUCAGCAUUUGCAAGGAAAGACAGGCAGUCAGAAGAGCCAUUUUUCCUUUAUGAAAAGAGACAUCAUUCACCUAGUCUAAGGAGUACUGGGUAAAACAAAAACAUUUUAUUGCUUUUUUUGGCUGUGUGUACAAAAGAGCUCUUAAAAAUGUUGUAAUAUGUACAGGGGAUGGACUAGUAUGGUUUCACAGAGGCAGGGUGCCAGGACAUAUUAUGUAAGGUGUUGACCUUUCUUAAAUGUUAAAUUAGAUAUAAAACAGUCGGUUUCCAGUUCCCCUUUCUGGCAACAGGUCAGCCUCAUGUAAUUCCAUAUAAGAUGGGCCCCUCACAGCAGAAUAGCUGCUCAGGAUAUCAACAGAACACAGAAAUUGCAGUGGUCCUGUGGAUAAUGUCUGUUCUCUUCUCAAGAAUAAAGGGCAUGCUCUUCCUCUUGUUCCUCACAUGGUUUUGUUCUGGUCAGCCUGCACCUCCACUCUUACGUUUCUCUGUCUACCUGGAUCCUUCAAACAUGGUAUACCUUCGCUGGGACCAUGAUGAAGAGGAGAUGAUGACUUUUGAGCUGCAGGUUCGUACAACUGGCUGGGUGGCGUUUGGAUUCAGCCCUCAUGGAGAGUUGCCUGGAUCUGACAUUGUGAUUGGAGGUGUCUUCCCUAAUGGCAGCGUCUACUUCUCUGAUUUUCAUGUGGUAGAUGAGGCAACCCUUGAGGAAGAUGACAGCCAGGACUACCAACUACUGUCAGUGACAGAGAACGAGACCUCCACCACCAUGCUGUUCAAGCGCCACCUCCGGACAUGUGACUCAAAUGACCUGGAUAUCACAAUGGACACAGCACGUCUCAUUACUGCAUUUGGCACUGAUGACACAGUCCAAUUCUUUAAGGGCCAAAAAUUUUCUAAAUCUCUUUUCUUGAUGAGAUACAGAAGUCCAUCCAACUCAACUGACCCUAAAAUAUUCUUCACUUAUGACCUGAGGCUGGACAACUUUGCUGUUCCCGUUGAAGAAACCAAGUAUGCCUGUACCUUUCUCCCACUGCCCAUGGUUAAGCAGAAACACCACAUCUACAAGUUUGAACCUGUAAUAACACCACACAACAUAACUUUAGUUCAUCAUAUUCUGGUUUAUGCCUGUGGCAAUGCCAGUGUGUUACCAAGUGGCAUAGAUGAUUGCUACGGAGCCAACCCAGAUUUUGCCCUGUGCUCUCAGGUGGUUGUGGGCUGGGCUGUUGGAGGAGAGUCUUAUCAAUUUCCAGAUGAUGCUGCAUAUUCCAUUGGGACACCUUGGGACCCUCAGUAUGUCCGACUGGAAAUCCAUUACAGCAAUUUUUACUUGGUAUCAGGUUUGAUCGACAGUUCAGGGGUACGAAUCUACUAUACACCAGAGGUACGAAAGUACGAUCUGGGGGUACUGCAAACAGGCAUCUUCACCUUCCCUGUGCAUUUCAUUCCUCCUGGAGCAGAAUCCUACAGAUCUUAUGGACUUUGCAAUUCAAGCCAGUUUGAUGAAGUGAAUGGGAAACCAGUUCCAGAUCUGCACGUCUUUGCCUACUUGCUUCACACCCACCUGGCUGGCAGAGGAGUGAAGGUUGCCCAGUACAGAAAUGGAAAACAGCUGGGGAUCAUCUGCGAAGACAACAAGUAUGACUUCACCUUGCAGGAGAUUCGGGACAUGAAGGAAAUCCUUGUAAUCAAACCAGGGGAUGAGAUCCUGGUCGAAUGUAACUUUCAGACACUGGAUCGGUCAGGGAUUACUUUUGCUGGGCCAAGCACCAUGAAUGAGAUGUGUCUCUCAUUCCUCUUCUACUACCCUCGUAACAACAUCUCCAGCUGUAUGGGCUACCCUGACAUUUUGUAUGUUGCGCAUGUACUCAAGCAGGAGGCCUCAGAUGCAGUGGAAGGAAUGAUGGCCAUGGACUUUGUUGACUGGAACAACGAAACUGUCAAAACUGCAGAGAAAGCAGCCAAGGAGGCAGAUCAAAUAGUUGUGAUUAAAACCAUUAAUGAAAUCCAGAAAAAUGAGAGUGGUCUCAUCAGAGACAUUCAUAUUCCAGAGCAGGCUCUCUGUCACAAUAUUUCUGCACAACUGACACUGUCAGAUUUUAGAGCUACUGCAAACCUUCGUUUGGCCGCAGUACACAAUUUUGAAUCGUCAACCACCAAAGAAACUGUUUCGCUUCCUCUUCUUUUUCUCACACAGCUGUUAUUUGCAUGGAUUAUCUUUUCCUCUGAGUAUAGGAAGUGAGGACCAGAAUACUAGAACAGAUCACUGGCCUGAUGAAGAAGUCACUACAAGUGUGACCACCUGGUAUCAGAGUAUUCUGGCCCCAUUGUGAACAUGAGAAGAUACCUAAAUAAUAGAGUAUUCUCUCCCUUUGGAAGAAAUAGGUUCUGUGUGUAUUGGCAUUUAUUUUAUUUUCCUGAAAAAUACUUUCUAUUGUAGUUUGUUCUAAAUCAAAAAAAAAAAAAAAAAAGUACUAUAAUGCAGUAAAGACAGGAAUAUGAUGUCAUUUCUUGAAUAGCUGGUGAUUAAUUAUUAAAUGCAGAGCUUUCAUAGAUGGGUUAUGAUGUAUAUUUGCUCACAGAUAUUUCAGUAAUUGUUAUCCAAUCUCUAGUUAUAUACUCACAACCUGCACUUAGGUCAGUACAGAAAACUAGGCUCCUUAGCUAUUAAAACAUUUUAAUUAAUAAUCCAAGUAAUAUAUUUGAAUCUAAAGCCAGUUGUGCCAUAUCCAGCAAUAACGUAUAUAUUGCAAUGACUGCGUGUCAGGGAAUUUAUCUACUGAUUGCCAGGUGAUAAUAAGGCAAUGGCUGGGUGUUUAUUGAAUAAUAGACCUGAAACAUCAUCAAAAUGUGAAGAUAUAGAACACCUCAAGAAUCCCAUGUUUUGACAUUAAAUAUAUGCAAGCGUAAUGGUUAUUCUAUCAUGCUGAAGUUUUCCUGUUUUCCUUUCUAACUGUACAUAGAUAUUUCCUUGCAGUGUGACACCUAAGGAAUUGUGAUUCUGAAAUUAAAUUUAGCACUUCUCCAACUUCAACCCUGUCAUGAUAUUCUACAAAGCAGGCUGGGACUCCUCAAACAAAUAUCAUGAAAAUAUUCUUCACAAACCAAAAUACAUUCAUAUAAAAUAUUAUUAAAAGAAAAAAAAAAAAAAGGAAAAAAAAUAUAUUACUGGGAAAAGUGAAGAGCAGAUAUUCUCAUUUCUAGUUUUUCCUAAAAGUUAUUUUAUCAGUAGAAAUCUUUUGGAUAAAAGAAGAGUUUUCUAUAUAUAAUGUUUAAGUGGAAAGGAGGUGAAACUGACUUCUGAACCAUAUGAAGUAAAGGUUGUUUUGUUUUUGUUGCAUAGUAUAUCCUGGGACAGACCAUCAUCCAGAACAUAGACCUUUUAUUGACAACUCAAAUGUUCUACUAUGGAAGGCAAAAACAUCAUUUUAAACCUAAGUGAGACCUGCUGCAGUGUGGUAUCUGUAGCAUAUCAACACUGGACUUGGAGUUCUGCUGGAAGCUUUUACAGGCAAAAAUUUUCCAUAAAGAUGUCAAAUAGCGUGAUGUGAAGUGUAGCAGAAGAAUGAUAUAUUUGCCAAAUCCUUCUAAACCAUCUUUUUCUGAUAACAAUAAUUUCCCUUUUUACAUGCAAUUAUAUUUCUUGUUGUGAGGCAGAAUUUCAAAAGCACCAUUUCCGUGAGUAAUUUCCCACAGUUUUUAGUUCCUUAAAAAAAAAAAAAAAAAAAAAAAGCUUUAAAGUAAAAAGAGAGAAAUAAAACAGAAAACAAUAUAGCCAUAAUAUUUGACUUUAUUCAACCUUUUCCUUUUCUUGCAUGUUUCUGAAAAAGUUUACAUGAGCUUAUGAAUUAAGGAGAAAAUGAGCAUCUGAUCUGAAGAAUGAGACACAUCAAACUAAAGGACAGAGGUCAAAUGCAUUGGGUUGUUUUGCAUGACUUCUUACUCAUUUACUCAUUUGUACAUUGGCAUUGGUAGUUCAACAUGAAGUCACGUACAUGAAUGACUUCACAGUAAGCAGACUAACUUUUUCAGUGCACCAAUAGAUGAAUGAAUCUGAAAGAUUUAAUGGCCAAACAGUAAGCUCCUCAGUUUCAGUAGGCUAAGCUCCUCAGUUUCAGUAGACUGAAGGUGUAUGCUGGGAUGACCUAGAGAAGACUGCAACAGCUUGACAGCAUGCAUAGGAACCCAAAAUCAUGUAAAAUGGCCUGACCAUGUUUUGGCAUCUGUAAACCGUAUUUCAAGAUGCCAUUGCAUCUGCAGUAGGUUCAGACAGGUUUAUGCUCCUGAGACCACGACUGGCGGUAGAGGAGAACAACAUCAAGAAUAAAUUUUAAAUGUUUUUCAGAUUUCUGGUUCAAAGUUCCAUUGGUCUCUGAACUGUACCCACAUUUCCUGAAGCCAUUUUUCUGUACUGAUAGGUCAAGUUAACAGAUGACAUUCAAACAGUACAAGUUCUUCAGCUGCAAGUAAAACAGAGGUCCUUCAAAGGAAAAAUAAAUAAAUAAAUAAAUAAUGAUAACAAUGCAAACAGGUAAUGCAGUAAAGCACAUAAGGAAUUGUGGUCAGUUAACCCCAGCUAGCACAUAAGCACAUACCAGAUCCUUGGUCACUCCUCCCAUCAGUGGGAUGGAGGAGAGAAUAGGAAGGGUAAAAGUGAGAAAAACUUGUGGACCAAGAUAAAAACAGUUAAACAAGUGAAGAAAAACAAAACAGCAACAACAAAAACAAGUGAUGCAAAGGUAAUCACUGUCCACCUUCCACCAGCAGACUGAUGCUUAACGAGUCUUCAAGCCAUAGUUACUUUGGAAAAACUUCCCCCUCCAAAUUUUAUUGCUGAGCACAGCAUCAGAAGAUAUGGAAUAUAUCUUUGAUCAUUUUGGGUCAGUUGUUCCAGAUGUGCCCCCUCCCAGUUUUUGCCCACCCCCAGACUCCUCACUUGUAGGGCACAGAGAGAAACAGAGAAGGCCUUCAGGCUGUGCAAGCACUGGUCAGACAUGGCUAAAACCUUGGUGUGACGCCAAUUUGUGUUUUAGCCACAAAUCUGAAACACAGAAUGACACAGGUAGCUACAAAGAACAUUAGCUCCAUCACAGCCAAAGAAAUCUGAACAGGAAGAACAGGCCAGACCACAAGAAAUCAGAAGAACACAUACUUCCUCUGCUUGGUUUAGUAACUUUUCUAGAGUUUACCAUAAUUCACAAGCUGUGUGACAACCCAUCAUGAAAACAAAUCUCUCUCUUUGAUCCAUUCUCUUUGUACCAUGUCUUUCACAGUCCUCUUUAUGUUUUUUCUUUUAUAACCAUGGCAAGAGCAAGACUACCAGAAGAAAUCUUUU